UCGGUGGGACCGAGGGGGGGCGAACAGCUGAUAAUACACGGUGUGCCUGUCCUUGAAAAUGACAACCCGAAGAUUUCCUUUCUAUAUUCCCGGGACUGUCAAAGCCUUAAACGCGUCUUUCUGACAAGAUGUUGGGGUUUUUUGUCAGAGCCGCGCUGCGGCCAGGAAUUGCGAGUCCAUGUUGGUUGCUCAGGCCAGUAACACAGAUCCCAGAGAGGUCCUUUGUGCAUCAGGAGGGUUUGCCCAGGCUACCUGUGCCACCCUUGAAGCAAACAUGUGAGCACUACCUGGCCACUCUUGAACCUGUCGUCAGUGAGGAAGAGCUGGAACACACCCGGCAGCUGGUACAGGAGUUUCUCAAAGGUGGAGUGGGAGAAAGACUUCAGAAAGGGUUGGAGAGACGAGCUCGAAAGACAGAAAACUGGCUGUCAGAGUGGUGGAUGCAAUCAGCGUAUCUAGACUGCCGCAUGCCAGUGGCAGUUUACAGCAGCCCUGGAGUUGUCCUGCCCCGCAUGCACUUUCAAGAUCGGCUAGGCCAGAUGAGGUUUGCUGCCAAGCUAAUUGCAGGAGUUUUGGACUUUAAAAAAAUGGUGGACUCUGAAACUCUGCCUGUACAGUAUUUGAGUGGGAAGCCACUGUGCAUGGACCAGUAUUAUCAAAUCCUGUCCUCCUGCCGUGUUCCUGGGCCCAAAAGAGAUACUGUUGUACAUUAUAGCAUGGGAAAGACGUCUCCCACUCACAUCACUGUGGUCCACAAUUUUCAGUUUUUUGUCUUGGAUGUGUACAACAGCGAUGGCACCCCACUGACGGUGGAUCAGAUUUACAUGCAGCUGGAGAAGAUCUGGAAUUCUUCUUUGCAGACUAAUAAGGAACCAAUCGGUAUCCUUACAUCACAGCACCGCAACACCUGGGGCAAAGCUUAUAACAAUCUGAUAAAAGAUAAGACAAAUAAGGAGUCAGUCCGUGCCAUCCAGAAAAGCAUCUUUACAGUUUGUUUGGAUGCUCCAAUGCCUCGAGUGUCAGAUGAGAUGUAUCAGAGCCGCGUGGCUGCCCAGAUGCUACAUGGAGGAGGAGCGCGCUGGAACAGCGGUAAUCGCUGGUUUGAUAAGACAUUACAGUUCAUUGUUGGUGAAGACGGUACAUGUGGACUGGUGUAUGAACAUGCACCUGCUGAGGGUCCACCCAUUGUGUUUCUCAUCGAUUACGUUGUUAAAUACAUGCGCAGGACUGAUAUAGUUCGCUCUCCAAUGGUUCCCUUAUCCAUGCCACAGAAACUGAGAUUUAACAUCACACCUGAGAUCAAGCGAGACAUUGAGAAAGCCAAACAAAAUAUGAACAUAAUGGUACAUGACUUGGAUGUGAAGGUGCUUAUGUUUUCUCACUUUGGAAAAAAUGUACCAAAGCAACAUAAUCUAAGUCCAGAUGCUUUUGUGCAAAUGGCCCUUCAGCUUGCCUACUUCAGGAUGUAUAACCUGUGCUGCUCUACUUAUGAGAGUGCAUCAAUGAGAAUGUUUAAAUAUGGACGAACAGAUGGAAUCCGUUCAACUACUGUAGACUCGCUUCAGUUUGCACAGGCAAUGCAAGACCCAGCUAAACAGAACAAAGAGAAAGUGGCACUGCUGCAGAAGGCUGUCCAGACACACAAAGAAAACACAUACAAUGCAAUUCAUGGCCAGGCUAUAGACAGACACCUGCUUGGGCUGAAGAUGCAGAGUAUUGAGGACCUGACCUCUAUGCCUAAGAUAUUCAUGGAUACCUCUUUUGCUGUAGCUCACCACUUCAAUCUCUCCACCAGCCAGGUUGGUUCCAAGACCGACUGUGUGAUGUGCUUUGGUCCAGUGGUUCCAGAUGGCUAUGGAGUGUGCUACAAUCCCAUGGACGAGCACAUCAACAUUGCCAUCACAGCUUUUAACAGCUGUGAAGAGACGAAUGCUGCCAACUUUGCCCAGAAUGUAGAGAAUGCACUGCUGGACAUGAGAGCUCUCCUGGAUGACACAGCCAUGGCCGGACAGUGAUCCCACUCAGAGGCCUGGCAUGGUGGUUGCGUAUCAGAGUUCAAACUGAAUCAGGUUGUUGCCAGAACUGUUGGCAGGGUGCCACACUGGCAGAGACGCACAAUGUUUUAAGGAGAGACCUGCUACCAAAGGGUUUGUAGGAAGUGUCUAAAACGUGACUGUGAAUGCACUGCAUUUCAGAGGAAAAAAUCUAUAUGGUGGAAAUUAAAUAUUUCAUAACAUAAAAAUGAAUUGUAAUAGUAUAAAUACUUGUUUCUUUGUCUAUACUUAAGCAGCUCCCGGCGGAGCCUUCUCUUGACUUAAAAGAUUUUGAGUGCCUUGGUUUGUUUGGUAUUUAUUUCAGGUCAGUAUAAUAGGUACAGGUAGGUUUGCAAAUGAGAUCAUCAAUGUGGAGGGAUAAGUAAAUUGCUCUUACAAAACUUGGUGGUUGUAAACUAGAGAAAUAUCUACUAUUAAAGACGCACAAAGGAAUAUUCAGCUUUGAAGGUCCCGUUGGAAUGCAGGUAGUCGCCAUGAAAUUCAACCUCAGCCAUAUUUCCAGAUGAGUGCCACAGGAACAGCUGCUGCCCGUGAAACACGUUGGUCUUUAAGACAUCCAUGUCCCGGAUCUAAACAAACAUAGAAAUAAUUCAGCAUUUAUUACACCUAAAUAUUCUUCCAGCUGAAUGUGCAGCAAGUUGAAGCAACAUGUUUGCACCAUAAUGUAAGUAGACUGGGAGCUGGUGGUGUUGAAUACUAAUCCUAUGUGCAACGCUUGGAUUCUGAUCUUCACUGAGGGAGGGGCAUUGAUGAGCACUCGGCAGGUGUGGGUAAUGUUUGAUGUUAUUGGAUUCUCAAAGAUGCCACUGGGAGAAAACAGCUGAAUGUCGCAGUCUGUGGGGCAAAUAUUAUAUAUUUAAUCUUUGGUUAAAAUGUCUUAGACACCAAUACAAUGCUGCAUCUCUCUGAAAUUAGAAAUGUAGAUUUUCUGAGUGAUGACUCUUAAUGCUGUAUAACAGUAUGCUUUUUUUUUUUUUUUUUUACAGUUAAGCUCCUCCCCACUCACUGUGUGGAGGUGCAACAUAAAGGAGCAAUGCCACAUGAAGCAUUUAUUUUUCUGUCAUCAAUUCAUAUUCCUGUCCAGCAGAAUAAAUGGAUGGCCAAACAAGCUGUCUUACCCUGA